ACUAAGACAACAGAGCUGUGUGGUAAAUAGAUUUUGGAAGGAACUCUGAUGUAUGUUUGUAACAGCAUGCAUCACUUAGCCAACAACUAACAGCUGGACAGAGGGAGGAAUCCCACAUUUAACACAUUAACAAGCUGUGGGAAAUCCUAGAGCGCUACAUGCUCGUGCAUGACAUUCUGCCGCUGCGCAGGUUGAAGAAUGGUUGAAGAAUACUAAUUUAGACUAAAAUGAGUGGGGACAGAGGCCCUGCUAUUGAACUGGAUGUUUUAAGCCUAAACAAGCCAAAUGAAUCUGCUUCACCGGGACAGAGUUAUGUGUCUUUGGGGAACGAGUCUAUGAUUCCUCAGUUAACCCUGAAAGAGAAAACAUCUCAGCACAGGUUGAUUAAUCGUGAGGACUCUGACUUCUCUCUGCCCAGCAGUUUGUCAAUGAAAAGUGAGCAGUCAAUGGGUUAUCCUCAUAGCAUCAGUGGAGGACCAGUCACUACAGAACUGAAAUUGAACAAGCCAGAUAAAUCUGCUUUACCAGGACUGAAUUAUGUGUCUUUGGAGAAUGAGUCAAUGUCUCCUCAGUUAACAUUGAGGGACAUAAAUGCUCAACACAGGUUGAUUAAUCGUGAGGACUCUGACUUCUCUCUGCCCAGCGGUUUGUCAAUGAAAAGUGAGCUGUCAAUGGAUCAUCCUUACAACAUCAGUGGAGGACCAAUCACUACAGAACUGAACUUGAACAAGCCAAAUAAACCUUCUUCACCAGGACCAAGUCAUGUGUCUCUGGGGAAUAUGUCUAUGACCUCACCGUUAUCCUUUAUCCCUGAACACAAGUUGGUUGAGCGCGAGCAGUCGAUGGAUUAUCGCGAGAAAUUCAGCAGAGAAUCAAUCCGUAUAGAACUGAAAAUUCAGCAGACGGAAUCAAGGUCAAACAUUCUAAAUGAGGAUCUGAUUGGGACAUAUCAGUAUAAGAGGAUGUUAAGGAACAGGUGCCAGUGUAUAUUUGAGGGGAAUGAAGAGCACAGCGGCCCCUCUCUGCUUAACAAUAUCUAUACGGAGCUCUACAUCACUGAUGGUCAAAGCAGUGAGCACACCAGUGAACAUGAAAUCAGACAGAUUGAAACAGCCUCGAAACAUCCAGCCACAUGGGAUGCACCAAUCAAGGCUAAUGAUAUCUUUAAAACUUCUCCCGUAUCUACUAAACAAAUCCGAAAUGUGCUAACCAAAGGAAUCGCUGGCAUUGGGAAAACAGUGUCUGUGCAAAAGUUCACACUAGACUGGGUUGAGGACAAAGCCAACCAGGACAUCCAUAUGAUAUUUCCACUCCCUUUUCGAGAAAUGAAUGUAAUUAAAGAAAAGAAAAUUAGUCUGAUAAACAUUCUUGAGUGCUUCUUCAAUCUAAAGAUAGAUCCAGAAGUGUUACACUCAGAUAAAUACAAGGUAGUCUUUAUCUUUGAUGGACUUGAUGAAUGUCGGUUUCCUCUGGAUUUCCAAAACAACAGGAGUUGCAUUAGUGUGACAGAAUCAGUCUCAGUCGGUGUCCUACUGACAAACCUCAUCUGCAAGAACUUGCUUCCUUCUGCUUUAGUCUGGAUAACCUCACGACCAGCUGCAGCAGGUCAAAUACCACCUGACUUAAUGGACUAUGUGACCGAGGUGCGAGGUUUCAAUGACUCCCACAAGGAAGAAUACUUCAAGAAAAAAAUAAGUGAUCCAGACUUGUCCUCCAGGAUAAUCUCACACUUGAAGUCUUCAAAGGUCCUUCACAUCAUGUGCCACAUCCCAGUGUUCUGUUGGAUAUCAGCUACAGUUCUCAAAAGAAUGUUUUGUGAUUCUGAGGGGGGUGAAAUUCCCAAGACCCUCACACAAAUGUACGCACACUUCCUUAUGUUCCAGAUCAAGCAAGGGAGUCACAAAUAUGAUGAGAAUUCAAAAAAAGGUUUGAAGUGGGAUAACCAGACCACAUUGUUGCUUGGAAAGCUGGCAUUUCAGCAGCUUGAAAAGGGUAAUUUAUUGUUCUAUGAAGAAGAUUUGAGGGAAUGUGGCAUUGAACUUAAUGUUGCAUCAGUGUAUUCAGGAGUUUGUACCCAAAUCUUCAGAGAAGAGGCAGGGCUACUUCAGGAGAGGGUCUUCAGCUUCAUACACGCAAGUAUACAGGAGUUUCUGGCUGCGUUGUAUGCAUUUCUUGUGUUUGUCAACCAUAAACGGAAUGUCCUCAGUCAGACGACAAAUGCUAAAAUCAUAAGUACUUUCAAAAAAAUGUCAGUGCAGGAAUUCCUGAAGUGUGCUGUGGAUAAUGCUUUAGCAAGCGACAAUGGACAUUUGGACCUUUUCCUUCGCUUCUUGUUGGGACUGUCCCUUGAGUCCAACCAGACUCUUCUUAAGGGACUCCUGAAUGAGGUAAGUGAUACUGAAAGCAGCAUAAAAACGAUUCAAUACAUCAAGGAAAAAAUAAGGGACCACCCUUCAGCAGAGAAGGCAAUAAGUCUUUUCCAUUGCCUAAGUGAACUGAAAGAUGAUUCUCUGGUUGAGGAAAUGCAGGACUUCAUAAAUUCGCAUGGUUUUAUUGGUGGAAAGCUGUCUCCUUCAAGCUUUUCUGCUUUGGCCUACAUAUUGCUCACAUCUGCUGAAGAACUGGAUGUGUUUGACUUGUCAAAGUUAAUUAAUCCAAGCAUGUCUUCAAAUGAGGGACUGUUAAGAUUGCUUCCAGUCAUCAAAGCAUCCCGAUCAGUUAUAUUGAGGUGUUGUAGUGUGACAGAUAAAGGCUGUUCAGGCCUGUCCUCUGUACUUUGUUCAAGUCUCUCAUGUCUGAGAGAACUGGAUUUGACUUCCAACAAUCUUCAGGAUUCAGGAAUAAAACAACUUGCUGCCGGACUGGGGAAUCCUCAGUGUAAACUAGAAUCUCUGAGACUUUUCAAUUGCAGCAUCGGUGAAAAUGGCUGUGCUUCUUUGGCUUCAGCUUUGAAGUCAAACCCAGCUCACUUAACUGAACUUGAUUUGACGCACAACAAGCCUCAUGAUACAGGUGUGAAAAUGCUUUCUGAUGUGCUAACAGAUACGAGCUGUAAACUGGAAACACUAAGGUUGAUGGCCUGUGAACUUACCAAGAAAAGUUGUGCGGCACUGGCCCAAGCACUUCAGUCCACCUCUACAAGCCUGAAACAUUUAGAUAUAAGUUCGAAUGACGUCCAGGAUUCAGGAGUGGAACUGCUCUGCGUUGGUCUAAAGAGCCCUUCCUGCAAGCUUGAGACAUUGAGUCUAUCAGACUGUAAAAUUACAGCCUAUGGAUGUUUUGUG